AUGGACUUUAACCAUGAAAAUAGUGCGAGUAUCGAUGAGCUCACAUUGUUUCGACACGAAAAGGCGCAUAAAUUUUACAAAAAGCGAAAGAUUAUGGAGCAGUUUGAUAUUUUAUCUGUAUUGAAUCCCAAGCUAACCCAAUAUAUUGACCCUCAAACAUCAAAAGGCGCGAUGUUUUCCCAUCUCCGUUGGAACAUUGAAAUGUUAUCUGCACAAGUGGGUGCUUCUGCAGUUGUCAAUGAGUGGCUGAGUGAAAUAGAACCGCUUCUUAUUUCUUUGCCAAUGAUCGUUCAUAACAAAAAGAAAAUCGUGCGAUUGGUAUCCACCGCCAUGCAAAACGAACAUCAGGACUUAAUUUUGGUAGCACUUGAAUGCAUUUCUUCUUUGUGUCUUGACUUUGAUUUUUUAACUUUGGGGAAGAAUUCUAUUUUUCGGCUCUUUGACUCUAUCAUUGAUACCAUUUCGCUUAGAACGCUAUGCAAAUCAAAAGCGCCUCAGGUCAAAUCUGCAACCCUAAAUGAAGCAAAUCAUGUCUUGGAAAAAUACCUUCAAGUUUUGGUAAUCCUUACUCGCUUUUCUUUGAAUGGAUCAAGAGAUGACGUUUUAUUAAAGAAGAUUUUUGCAUUUCUUUGCAACUUGUCUAAAGACCCAAAUUCAUUGCCCAUAAGAAUCACUUCAAUUGCGCUUCUCUUUGAGGCUGUUUCGUAUUCAUCUGCUUCUUUUUUGGGGGAUAAAAAUUUCCUUCCUUUUGAAGAUGAGAGUAUUAUUGUAGGAGCUCUCAUAAUGAUUGCCCAGUUAUUCCCCGAGCUUCCGUUUCCAGCAAAACCGGUUGUAUUCUCUUCAUAUGAAAGUAUUAGGAUGCCUACAAAGACGGCUCUUAAAUCACUUUCAUUGUUAUUUUGCUGGUUCCUUGGGCUAUCUUCGAUUCCCCAAUCCCAAUAUCGCGUUGUUUUGACCCUGUUCCCCGAUAGAAAAGAGUGCGUCGAUAUUUGCCGAUUGUUUCUUUAUUUGAAAGGUCUAAUUUCUCAAUUGAAAUUAGAUGGUGGUGAUUUGGAGGUUCUUGAUGACGCUUUGCGAAUUCUUAUUCCACUGCUCCCAGCAGCACUACACGCUUCAAGCGAUGUUAGAAGCAACGUUUUAGACAUAUUGGUCUACUCACUUCAAGCCCAUAAAGACUAUCCGUUUGAUGACACCAUUCCAGAACUCCUUGGAAAUUUCCUUCCUCAAAGUUUUCAAAUAGAAUUGAUAUUGCCUUUUCUACCUUCACCAUCAUCAGAUGAUAAAGAAUCUUUUUGGAAAAAGUUUUUUGCAUCAAUGUCGUCAUUGCAUUCGGCUUCAUCACUCCCGCUGUCAUUUUCGUCUGAUUCAUCAUCUCCAUUGGUCGAUAUUCUUUCAGAAUACCUUUCCAAAGAGCUGAAAAAAGAGACUUCUUUAUGCUGGACAAAAACGGUCAUUCUUGGAAAAGAUAGAGAACCUUUUUUGUCUGCAUUGAAGAUGUCUUUGUCGCUAAAAAAAGGGCUUAUCGAAACAAUUGGCUCCAGAAUAUUGCAUCCUACUGCAAUUGAAGAGGAUCAGGAAACUUUAAUCUCGCUUUUGGAAAGUUCUGAUCCUACUCUACUCUCUUUUGAGGGAUACUUCUUACAUCAUGCUGCUCAAAUCAAGGAUUUGCUAUCAAAAUCUGGAUCCAUUCAACUGCUUAGAUUAGCUUCACAUUUUGCUGAAUUCAAUUUAUUGACUACUCCUAUUUUGAUUGAUACACUUCACCUCCAUUCAAAGAGUAUGUUUUCUAAAGAAAAAGUUAUGUUGACACUGCUUGAUUCAUUCCUUCGAUCUCCAAUUUUGGGAAGCAAUUUUUCAUCAACUAAAAAUGAUUACAAAACGCUUCUCACUUUUGGUGGCCUUGCAAGAUGUAAGGAUGAUGGUAUUCGAGCUUUAGCUAUCCAAUCCAUCGGGAAAAUGCUUGAAAUCCCUAUCACUCUUAUGGAGGCGUUUUCGCUCCCAAUAACGCUGACAACAUGUCGCCAGAAGCUUUUGGGCAUUGAAAGAAUUGUAUCACUAAAUUCACUCAAUCCAGAACUUUUAUUGUGCAUGAUAAUUGGCUCCCUGCUUUGGACACCUCUUCGUCCGUUCCAAGAAGGACUCCUUCCACUUGGUCGAAAAGUCCUAUCAUUCCUUUCUCCUGAAUCAGCUUGGAACAUAUGGGGUUCUUCAUUUCAACAAGUGUGUGCGAGUGCCCAGGAGAUUUCAUGUAUUUCUUCAGACCAAGAUCAAAGAAAUUCAACAGCUCGCAUACUGGUACCUUUAACGUUGCUCCUUAAUCUUCUUAUGAAAGAGUCUUGCGUUAACCACUUAAUGAAGGCAAAAGCAAAUGAAGGCCCAGCUAUACUUCUUGAAAAUCUCUUUUUAGAAUGCUGGGAUAAUAACUGCUUUAAAUCAAUAUCUGGCUUGACAGGAGAUCUUUCUACAGAUUCUUUAAAAUCUUUGUGUGUACCUAUMCUUAAAGUAAUGACUCUGAUGUCUCAGGAGCAUCAAAAAUCGGUAAGAAACGUUGAAACUGAUAUCCUCACAGGCGUKUUGAUCGACAAAGCGCUUUCAUUUCCAGAUGCAUCUCUCCAGGUUAAUGCACUUGGGCUUCUCGUUAAACGACACCCCGCCCUUCUUACCACGUUUGGCGAGCUUAGAGAUUUACUCUCCUCUGGUGUUAAAGAAAUCGACUGGACUGAGAGUGUCUCUCGCUUAUUUCAGAACUACCAAAAAAUGGCCACUCAAAAGGAUCUUGCUGCACGUGCUUUAAUUUCCUUUGUUUUUGGACGAAUCUCCAUGUCAUCUCGUCUCUGCUCGUCUUUACAGGCAUCUAAUAGACGUAAAAUUAUUUCUGCAAUUGUUUCCUAUUUGCCAUCAGAUCCAUUUUGGUUUCUGCUUUUUCAGCGUGCAAGUGCCACAAUAGCCAAUUUCCUUUGUGGUACAAAGGAAAAAAAGUCGCCCGCCUCCUUUCCGAAGGCAAGCCACGUUAUUGGAUUUUAUAAUAUCAUUGAAGAGCUUCUUUCACAAGCAUCGCAUGCAAUUCCAUUGCAAUUGGUAUAUGAUAUUAGCACAACUCUUCUUGGUAUAAUUGACUUCAAGCAAAGAAAUGAAACUUGUCCAAACUCCAAGCUCAUUGGAAAUGAAGAAGACGAAGAAGAAGAUUCGGCGGAUACGUUUGUCAUAUCCAAUGCUAGAGUUGACAUAGAUGUUUCUUCAAAUGAAAAUGAUCAAAAUGAUGAUCAUUUAUCCAAUGAACAGGAAAUCGAUCCACAUAAAGUUCCUUCUUUUCGCCAAAAUUCAGAAAAAAAGAAAGGCCUUGUUUCAAGAGCUAUCACACUUCUUUCAAGACUUUUAAAGCUUCGGAGUCACGAAGAUACUAUCCUGGAGUUUCCGCCUCUUAUCCAAUUGAUGACGAAAAAUAUCAGCGGUAAUAACAUAGAAAAAUCGUUUCUUUUCGGUGUCGAGGUCGCAUCGUCUUUGGUCCCGAAUGCGCUUGCUCAAGAUUGGCUUGACAUUAGGCUUCCUUAUUUAACUCAAGCUUCGGAUACCCAGUUAACUUCAAUUUUUACGCAGGUUGUUAUUCCGCUUCUUUCGCAAAAAAAUUACGAGUACGAAAAGCUGGAUGCAGAUGGUGAACCCCAUUAUGAACAACUAAUCAUAAGCUCUGAGAUUCAGAGUGACCAAAAAUCGCCUGAACGCUUUAAUGUCAUAUUUGAGAGCGGUCUCCUAGAUCGAAUUUUGAAUGCUCUUACACUUCUAUUUUCAACCCACCGUAAACGUAUAUUUGAUACAAUUUUCAGAGCAGCUGCUCUUCUUCCAUUUUCAAUAAGGGAAAAAGAGGAAACCUUUUCCGAUCAAAUCAGAAACCUUCUUCUUAUGGAACUUUCUUCAAUUUCAGAUAUGAAAAUUAUGAAAACGAUGAUAAUGAAUAGGCAACAAAAAAAGGGCCCAAUGUCCUGGAUUCCUCUUGCGCUCGAUGUUCUUGGUUCACGUCUUCUGUCCAAGAUUGUCCUCGCUGUUUCAUCUCCUUGUAGCAAGCCUGUUUUAGGCUUAUCUUCGCCUUUUGAAAAAACACUAACCUCAACCUCGCUUUCAGUCGGCUCAAAAAUAAAGCUAGUGGCACUCUUUGUCUCAAGUUCUCCUGAAGAAAGUAUCCCUUUAGAAUUGAAAAGUUGCUGGUGGCUCUCAGACGCAGCUAUUCUUAGCGAAUCACUUUCCAAGAUUGCUGAAGCUGCCUCUGAUCUCUUUAUUGCUCGUCCAGUAAUAUCUAAAGUGGAAGAGAUUGCUUUUCGUGCCGUUAAGCAUUGGGUAUAUGAUAGUAAGUCGAGCCCUCGGGACAAUGAAUCCACAAUUGAGCGUAUUGAUGAAGAGCUCCAUUCGAAAACCAACGAAGAUUGCAUGAUAAAUGACUACUCUGUGUCUCGGGCUUCAGAUCAGAAUUCAUCAGAAGCGACCCUCACCAUAUGCAACAUUUUAUUUUUCUGGCUCCAGUCUACCAUUGUAAAAGAAGAAUCUCGUCAUCACCUUUCGCUUCGUUCUGAUUUGCUCUCUUUUCUUUCGAGAUUUCUUGGGGUUAUUCCUUUUUCACUCGCAACUCGACUUUCACCGGCAACCAAAGCCCUUUGGUAUUUCAUGAAUCCCAAUAUCAGAUCAGAGAUAUCUCCUACUGACCUUGCAUCUGGUCUCUUGACUCCUCAGCCUACUCUUUCCGAGGCUAUGUUGGCUAGUUUAGGUGAAGCCCAAUUUCCGGUUCGUCAAAAGGCGCUCGAACGCCUCCAAAAGUAUUUGAAAAAAUCUUUGGUAAUUGCAAAAGGCAUCGAUCCAUGCAAUACAUCACACUCUGCACUCAUCGAAGAAUGGCUCUGGCCUUUAGCUAAUAUUUCGCUCGUCCCAGAAGCUCGUAAGCGUUCAGGGAUAUCCGCUUAUUCAAGUGUCCAGGAGGCCGCUCUAAACCUUUGGGUUACCUGUGCCAUGAGUAUGAUAACUCAAGGAGGGCAUGGUCAUAAUUAUCGCUUGCCGCGUAAAAUUCUACUUGCAUUGAUUGCCGCAUUAUCUUCAACAAAUGGCCAUCCAUCAUUGAAGCAGUCUUUGUGGUGGUGGUUUCCUCCUACGGAGGCCCUUUCUGCCACCCCGAGACUUGUUGAGCGCUUACUUGUUGCGUUCUUGGAUGCCCUAUGUCAGUUAAUUGCAGAUCCUGGAAUGCACAAUGAUGCUAGAUGGGGUGAAGAAGUCACCAAAAUGGCUCCCCUGGUCAGGGAUCGGAUUAUUCCAUUUUCUAUGGGAUCUCCGGAAGCCCUCCGACCCAAGCUUGCUUCCCUGUCCUUACGAUUUCUAGCCUUGGCUGGCGAAACCCUCAAGGAUGGUCUUCUUGGGCCAACCCUUAUCUCAGGUCUCAGGAAUAGAGAAUUCUCACAUCGUGAGCAGUGUCGUCAAAUUUUGCGAGAAGCUCUUGUCUCCUGGCCCCUUUCCAUCUCACUUCCUCUGAUCACAAGACUCGUGCAUACUAUUAUCAUGCCUACCUCUGCUGAGCGUUUUGUAAAUGAGUUUGAUGAGAAGAACGCCUGUGUUGGUCGUCGCACCCGGAAUGAUGAACACGGUGGUUUCUUAAAGCACGUAAGCAGCUUUACGAUGGCAGAAUUAUUGGAACAUGCUGCAACAACAAAUGCAACCCCUACUUCUGACAUUGAACCGCAAGCUGUGGCUAGACUGGUAUAUCUUUUUGUAGAGGCCUCUUCUGGGACUCUUGCGCGUGAAAAGGCCACUGAGCAGUGGGCCCAAAAGGCUGUUGAGGUACGUCAGCAGCGUGCCCCUCGUGCUUUUGGUACUCUAGCCCGGUUGCUUCCUAUUUCGCAAGUUCUCAAUGAGCUUUUACCUAUGCUCUAUAAAAUGCUGGCAAAUCGUGAUAAGGACAAUUCCGAAUUACCAUCUAUAGCAAGGGCAAUAUUGAGUCGCAUUGGAAGCGUCCUCAGGACUCAUCCUUCGCUUACGGAAGAAAAGCGCCUCCAAGAAGGAACAGGGGGGGCCCUGGUUUUGGCUUUAGUGCAGCAUGCAUAUUUGGCUCUGCUCCGCCUUCUUCCCAAAGAGCAGGAUGCGCCAGAUAAGACCUCAAUUGACCUGAUCAUUGGACGCUUUGGUCUUUCACUUAUCUCUUCACUUGCUGAUGAUGUACUACCUUUGACGCUCCCAAAGACAUUUUUAAAUGCUACCGAUGAAGUAUUAGACACGGCAACAAUAUCCCCAAAAGAGACUACCCCCAGCAGAUAUACAAUUGAUGUACUUGGGCCUGUUCUUCUCUCGCUUAUCCUUGAAAGAGAUUCCAAUGGAAGCGUAUCCCAUGAUGACGCUGUUAUUGCGGAAAGUAUGCGGCUACUUACUCGUAUUCACGCGCGUUGGCGUCGCAAUCGUCAAGACCUUAGUGCAAACGGGGAUAAAUUGAUGUCUCAUGCUGUUUCUAGGGCAGUCAAGCUUAUAGUUAAGGAGCGUCCAGAAGAUAUUUCUUCCACUGCUCUCAUCUCCGCCGCUUUUUCUCUGCUUGCAGGAGCCGUAGGUGAUCGUAAACUUCUGAGCGACGGUCUCCUUCGUUCGAUAAUCUCUUCACCUCGCUUUACCGAUCGCGAUCUAUUUUCACGUAUGUUACAGAGCGAGAUCUGCACUGCAGGGGUCGGCCCUUUCCUUCGGCGCUUCUAUGCUUGCAGGCGUUUGGCAAUUGUGGAAGCAUAUGACUUGGCUGAUUCUCUCUUUGAGCGUAUGUUGCACGCAUCUAAUGAUGGCAUCCGGACAUCAGCGCGAGAUACACUUCUUAGUUUCCUUUCCUCCUACCCUCUUUCUGAGGGGCGGUUUUCCUUCUGGCUGAAAAACCUUAUUGCACAAAUGGACCAUUCAUGGGAAGAAUCUAGGGUAGUCAUCUUCGAGCUCCUGAUCUCCAUUUUUUCUAAAGAUAUUGGAGAUUUUCCAGAGCAGAUUACUGCGAUCAAAGAAGCAGUUGUUCUAAAGUCACUUUUGCUUCAUCUCCAAGACCCGUCUAUCGCUGUUCGUGAAUCAGCAGACCGACUCAUCUUCUUGCUUCUGGGUUCAGAUUUUGCCACCGGAAUUCAGCUUUUGGAGUGGUGCCGAUCCUGGCUCUCCUUAAAUUGCUCCUCUUCCUUCCACAAAGUUGGAGCAAUAGGUAUCAUUAAAUGCCACCAGGCAAUACCCUCUAUCUUCUCUUCUGCAAGCACAGAAGAAUUACUUGAAGAAAUAUCUUUGCUUCUUAAGCUUAUCAUCUCCAAUUCGACUAGCUCAGAUCCGGACCUUCAGGAUCAAUGCAAGCAAACAUUAGAAAUCUUAUCCGCUUUAUAA